AUGGCUUCUAUUCUCGCAAACUCUACCCGCGUGGCUUUCCGCGCCGGAGCUUCCGCCUCCUCCAAGGCCGGUGUCGCUGGGUUGACCUUUACCCGCGGCAAGGCUACCCUGCCCGACCUCUCCUACGACUACGGUGCGCUCGAACCCUCUAUCUCUGGGAAGAUCAUGGAGCUGCACCACAAGAACCACCACAACACCUACGUCAACAGCUACAACACUGCUGUUGAGCAGCUCCAGGAAGCCCAGCACAAGGGUGAUAUUGCCGCCCAGAUUGCUCUCAAGCCUGCCAUCAACUUCCACGGCGGUGGUCACCUGAACCACACCCUCUUCUGGGAGAACCUGGCCCCCAAGAGCGCUGGUGGUGGUGAGCCUCCUUCUGGCGCCCUUGCCCAGGCCAUCGACAGCACCUUCGGCAGCCUUAAGGACUUCCAGAGCAAGGUGAACACUGCUCUGGCCGGUAUCCAGGGAAGCGGCUGGGCUUGGCUGGUCAAGGAUAAGCAGACCGGGCAGAUCAGCAUCCGCACCUACGCUAACCAAGAUCCCGUCGUUGGCCAGUUCGAGCCUUUGCUCGGUAUUGAUGCUUGGGAGCACGCCUACUACUUGCAAUACCAGAACCGCAAGGCCGAGUACUUCCAGGCCAUCUGGGAUGUGAUCAACUGGAAGACCGUCGAGAAGCGCUUCCAGUAA